AUGAAGUUCUCCAUCAUCGCCGUUGCUCUUCCCCUCAUUGUGGGCACGAGCGCUGCCGCGGUCGUUGAGCGCCAAUCCCCCAACUGCGAACCCUACAACAACGGCACUUCUGCCCCCUUCCCCCACGAGCUCGUCUGGGGAGAAUGGUUCCUUUGCUGCAGCUACAAUGGUCCUGACCCUGGUACCUACCAGAACUGCUGCGACAGACAGGGUGCGGGAACUGGAAGCGGUUUCCCUGGAUGUGUGGAGAUCUAA